GCUUUCUCUGUCCACCGAACUUGACGCCAGGGGCCGGAACUUGAGUUCCCACCGCGCUGCAAGACAAGAGGAGGAAGGAGACGACGACGGAGGGCUGCAGAGGAAAGCAGAAGAAAAAGCCAAAGCUACCUGCUCACCAGCGAGGUGAGAGAGUGCCCAGGAAGCCAGAGCUAUGCAGUUCUCCAGUUCAUCCAGAACAUUGGAUGAGAAUGUGGACUAUUUGUUCAAGGUCAUCCUUAUUGGGGACUCCAACGUGGGGAAGACAUGUGUGGUUCAGCAUUUCAAAUCUGGAGUCUACCGUGAGUCACAGCAGAACACGAUUGGGGUGGACUUCACCGUGCGCUCUCUCGAGAUAGAUGGCAAGAAAGUGAAGAUGCAGGUGUGGGACACGGCAGGCCAGGAGCGCUUCCGUACCAUCACCCAAAGCUACUACCGGAGUGCCCACGCAGCUAUCAUCGCUUAUGAUCUCACACGGAGGUCCACAUUUGAAUCUGUCCCUCACUGGAUCCAUGAGAUAGAAAAAUAUGGAGCUGCCAACUUGGUCAUCAUGCUGAUCGGGAACAAAUCAGACCUGUGGGAGAAGCGGCACGUACUAUUUGAGGAUGCCUGCACACUGGCCGAGAAACAUGGCCUCCUGGCUGUCUUGGAGACAUCCGCCAAGGAGUCCCGGAACAUAGAGGAAGUCUUUGUGCUCAUGGCGAAGGAGUUAAUUGCCCGAAACAGCCUGCACCUGUACGGGGAGAGCACCCAGCAAGGUCUUUCCCAGGAUUCCAGCCCAGUUCUUAUGGCCCAUGUCCCCAAUGAGAGCACCCGCUGUACUUGUUGAACAUGCGUGGGAGGACAGAACAAAAGCCAGGGUAUCCAGAUGCCAGUGUCUCUGGUAGCGUUGCCAGCUGAGCCUUAUUCCUAGCCUGACGGGCAGUAGAGAUUCUUGAGGAAAGGGGACACCACUGCCCUCAAGGACUCCAUUGAAGUGAGGACUUGGAGGAAAGGGCUAGGGUGGAGUUUUCUCAUACUGGUCUCUGUCUCCCCAACAGCCAGCUGUUUUAUUGUGGAGUUUGCUUCUCUGUUGUACAAAGAUAGUAGUUAAGUGGAGAGCCGGAAGAUGCAAAGAGGAUAUUUGGAACAUUCUAGAUUUGGAGUCAGCCCAGGCACUGUUGGGGAGGGCCUGUAAUGGAAAGCUAGCCUCCUUCCAGCAGUUACAGCCAGGCCUUCUUCCCAAGGAGCAAGGCCUGUUAUCUAGGGGCCAGAAAUGCUUUCUUGCCAAAUGGUCAGGAACCAGGAGGCAGAUGGAACUGGCUUGCCCUCUGUCACUCUGUUUGACAAGGAUGGAAGAAAUACCUACUAUGUAUUCUUAAAACAUCAAAUUAUCUCUUGUACGGAAGUCAGACCUACGUUGAAAUUAAAUUGUCCUUAUAUUAUUAACAAA